AUGGGGGAGUCCCACAGGGGUCUGUACUUGUGCCACGUCAGGAAUGAGCUGGGAGAAAACAACUCACCGGAGAUGAUGCUGUCAGUGAUGGAGAAGCAGAAGGUUCAGGUAAAUUCACCUGACCAGCGUCUCCGAGUCUUUGACUCUGCACAGAGGAGGUGGCGUCAGGUGUGUUCCUCCCCAGCCAAUGAGCUUCUUGCAAGCAUCAGCUGUGAGGAAGUUGGGUUUGUCAGCGUGGUGAAUUAUUCUGUCACCUUGGUGCCAGAAGCCGGUGGUGAUGCUGGAGACUUCUUCUGCGUCCGACAUGAAGAGCUCAGCUACGGCAAGAAAAUGAAAGACUCCUUAUUUCCAUGUGACUGUGACAGCAGAGAGGUUCUCACACUGUUGUGUCAAGACUGCGGCAGGAGAAGCUUUGCAGCGGACCGUAUCGUUGGAGGCGUGGAUGCGAGGCAGGGCAGCUGGCCCUGGCAGGUCAGCUUACAGUAUGAUGGUGUUCAUCAGUGUGGAGGAUCCAUCAUCUCAAACCGCUGGGUGGUUUCUGCAGCCCACUGCUUCCCAGAGCGCUAUCGCUUCGUGAACCGCUGGCGUGUCCUGCUGGGCUCCAUCUUCAACAAACCAGUCAACGCUAACGUGGCAGAGGUGAAGACCAUUGUUUACCACAGCAGCUACCUGCCUUUCGUUGACGCCAACAUCGAUGACAACAGCAGGGACAUCGCUGUUCUGGCCCUCACACAGCCGCUCACCUUCAGUGAGUACAUCCAGCCUGUGUGUCUGCCUGCAUACGGUCAAAGACUGACAGACGGUACGAUAGGAACAGUGACGGGAUGGGGGAACGUUGGAUACUACGGCCAUCUAGCAGAUGUUCUCCAGGAAGCCAGCGUCCCCAUCAUCAGUGAUGCUGUCUGUAACGCUCCGGAUUACUAUGACAACCAAAUCACCACCAGCAUGUUCUGUGCAGGCUUUGAGAAAGGAGGCAUCGACGCCUGCCAGGGAGACAGCGGGGGUCCUUUUGUAGCAGCAGACUGCCUGUCUAAAACCAGCCGGUACCGUCUGCUGGGGGUGGUGAGCUGGGGAACCGGCUGUGCCAUGGCCAAGAAGCCGGGGGUCUACACCAGAGUGUCUCGAUUUCUGCCCUGGAUAUCUACAGCCAUGAGGAACUAUCACAACUCUCCUGGUGUUCACAAAAUGGCUCGAAUAUGA